UCACAGAACAUGCGCAUGUUCAUGUCAAGUGUAGUGCAAAGGAAAUAAUAUUUUGGCUUUCGGGGGCCUAAAAUUAGCUAAAAUGCAUAAAUUAAAGUUCUCACAAAGAGACAAAGUGAGGAAAUUCAUUACAUUUACACAUACUGGAGAACAAACAGCAAUAUAUUGUUUAGCACAAAAUGAUUGGAAGUUAGAUUUGGCAAGUGACAAUUAUUUUCAAAAUCCUGAGGCAUAUUAUAAAGAACCAAAAAAUACAGUAGACAAGAAGAAGUUAGAAAUAUUGUUUAGUCGAUAUCAAGAUCCCAAUGAACCUGACAAGAUUACAGCAGAUGGAAUAAUGAAAUUUUUGGAUGACUUGGAUUUAAGCCCUGAAAGCAAAUUAGUAUUAAUUAUUGCGUGGAAAUUUAGGGCAGAAACACAAUGUGAAUUUACUAAAGAUGAAUUUAUGAAUGGGAUGACAGACCUAGGUGUGGACAGUAUAGAUAAAUUAAAAGCCCGUUUAAGUAGUUUAGAAAGUGAAUUAAGAGAUCCUCAGAAAUUUAAAGAUUUUUAUCAAUUUACAUUCAAUUAUGCAAAAAAUCCAGGACAGAAAGGUUUGGAUCUUGAUAUGGCAAUUGCCUACUGGAACAUUGUAUUAGAUGAUAAAUUUAAGUUCCUGCCCUUAUGGUGUCAAUUUUUACAGGAACACCAUAAGAGGUCAAUUCCAAAAGAUACAUGGAAUUUAUUGUUAGAUUUUGCCCUCAUGAUCAACCCAGAUAUGAGUAAUUAUGAUGAAGAGGGAGCCUGGCCUGUACUGAUAGAUGAUUUUGUAGAAUGGGCACAGCCUCGCGUUCGUCAGACCCUCUAACAUCUUUUUGUUAUAUCUUUAA